AUGAUUAAAUUCGGAUCAAACUAUGCUUCUAAAAUAUAGCAUCUAUAUUCAAAUAAGCCCUUCUCCUUUGCAGUAUAGAAAUCAUUCAAUCAUUUAGAUCAUCGGGAGUGGUCCAGCAGGUCUUUAUACGGCUAAGCACUUGUUCAAUGAUAUUGAGAAUAUUAACAUUCAUAUUUUUGAAUAGGAUCUCUGUCCUACAGGAUUGAUAAGAUACGGGAUGGCUCCAGAUCAUCAGAGAAUUAAACGAGUAGCAGAAGAACUCUUGACCAUCAAACAAAAUGAACAUUGUCAUUAUUUCGGAGGAGUCUCAAUUGUAACUAAGUAUAUAUAACAAAGGGUAAAGACAUAGCCAUUAAUGAAUUGGAUCAAUUGUAUUCAGCAGUUUUUUAUGCUUAUGGUGCAUAGAUUGAUAAACCAUUGAAUAUUCAAGGAGAACAAUUAUAAAAUGUUUAUUCUGCUCGUCAAAUUGUUAAUUGGUACAACAGUCAUCCAAAUUACUAUGAUCUAGAUAUUAAUUUUAAGAACAAAAAUAAUAUUGCAAUUAUAGGGUGUAAUUGAAUUAUUAAUUUUUAGAAAUGGUAAUGUUGCUCUUGACAUUGCUAGAAUAUUUGGAUUAAAUCAGGAUGAAUUGUAGAAGACUGAUAUAAAUGAGAUUUCCAUUGAAAAAUUGAAGAAUAAUCAAAUAAAUAAUGUACAAUCAUUUCAUAAUAUUAGAUUAUUAUAAUAGGAAGGAGAGGUCUGGUCUAAUCUUAAUUUUCAUUAAAGGAACUAAGAGAAAUGACAAAAUUGUCGUAAUUUAGAUUCCUAUUAUAUAAACCAGACUUACUUUGGAGUUUGAAUGAGGAGAGUCAAACUGAAUGCAAAGAUUUAGGCGUAAAUUACGGGAAUGUGGUAUGAUAUUAAUGAUGAAUAUGUAGACUAGAGGAAAUAGAAGAAAACUAGAAUUUAUGAAAAGCUUUGAAAUUAUUGAGGAUGAAGCAACUAUGAACUCAAUUUUGUAACAAGAUAGUAAUGGAAGGAUCAAUGUUAUUUUACGUUUCUUGUUGACGCCUCUUGAAAUAGAGAAGAAAGAGGAUAGGUUGAAUUUGAAGUUGCAACACAAUUAAUUGGCAGGGAAACCAUUUAAUCAAGUGGCUAUGCCAUUGAAUUAACAAUCAAUUUUAGAAUGUGAUAUGAUUAUUAAAUCAGUCGGCUAUUAGUCUCACAAGUAUCAAUAUAGUUAUUAAUCAUAGCAUCGAUAAUGAUCUACCUUGGAAUUCUGAGUAAAAUAUAGUAGACAAUUCUGAUGGGUGUAUUAAGAAGGAUCCUACGAAGUUGAAGACAGGAUCUUAUGCUUGUGGUUGGAUUAAAACAGGUCCCAAAGGAGUAAUUGAUUCUACUUUUGCUUCAUCUUAAGAGACAAUAGUUAAUUUUAAGAAUCAUAUGGAUGCUGAUUUGAUUAGGAAUGUUCACGAUCCAUACGAGCAAGUGGUAAAUUUGUUAAGAUAGAGAUCGAUCAAUUAUAUUGAUUUCAAGGUUUGGGAUAGAAUCAAUGAAUUUGAAAUCGAGUAAGGUCAAAAAGCAAAGAAGCCUAGAAUAAAAUUAAUUAGAAAUAGAGACUUGUUGUAAUUCUUAUGA